AUGCCUUGGAGUUUCAUAGGUGAUUUCAACACUAUACUUGGUGCUCAUGAGUAUGAUGGUUCUUUUAGGCCUGUGAGAGGCCCGAUGGAGGAGUUUGCUGACUGGACAGAUUAUAACCAUUUGGUCCAUAUGCCUAUUGUUGGUGUUAAGUUUACUUGGGCUAAUGGUAGAGAGGGUAGGCGGCAUACUCGUAAACGGCUGGAUCGAGUUAUUUGCAAUCAGGAUUAG